AUGAGUGCACAGAGCGAAGCUGUUGAUUUGACGGAGAUCUCGCUCCUGAGCGACCGCGAUGUUAGGGCCAGGACCAACAUGAUCGACGCUGAAGUCAAAAUACUCAAAAGCGAACACGCCAGACUCAAAUCGCAAAGCAAGAUGAUACAAGAAAGGAUCAAGGACAAUAUGGAAAAGAUCCAGCUGAACAAACAGCUCCCCUAUCUUGUCGCCAAUGUUGUCGAGCUACUCGACUUUGAGCAAGACGAAGAUGAAGAGUGUGGACUCAUAAGCAACGUAGAAUCCAAAAAAACUGGGAAAUCUCUAGUCAUAAAAACAUCCACCAGACAGACAAUUUAUCUCCCAGUAAUUGGUCUAGUUCCUCACACCGAGCUUCGCCCAGGUGACCUUGUUGGCGUCAACAAGGACAGCUAUCUCGUCCUGGACAAGCUUCCUCCAGAGUAUGACAAUAGAGUUAAAGCCAUGGAGGUUUGCGAGAGACCAACUGAGGACUAUUCCGAUAUUGGAGGGCUGGAUAAACAGAUCCAGGAACUCAUCGAAGCCAUUGUACUCCCAAUCACACACAAGGAACGCUUUGAUAAAAUUGGUAUCAAACCACCAAAAGGAAUUCUCAUGCAUGGCCCGCCGGGUACCGGAAAAACUCUCUUGGCUCGUGCCUGUGCUGCACAAACAAAGGCGACAUUUUUAAAAUUGGCAGGUCCCCAAUUGGUACAAAUGUUCAUUGGUGACGGCGCCAAAAUGGUUAGGGAUGCCUUUAGCCUUGCCAAGGAAAAGGCACCUACUAUCAUCUUUAUAGACGAAAUUGAUGCUAUUGGUACAAAACGUUUCGAUAGCGAAUUGUCUGGAGACAGAGAAGUCCAGAGGACAAUGUUGGAGCUCUUGAACCAGUUGGAUGGAUUUAGCAGUGAUGACAGAGUAAAAGUCAUUGCAGCUACCAAUCGACCAUACACUUUGGAUCCUGCACUCUUGCGUUCCGGUAGAUUAGACAGAAAGAUCGAACUACCACACCCAAAUGAAGAAGCUCGAGCAAACAUCAUUCAAAUACACUCGAGAAAAAUGAAUGUCAAUAAGGAUACCAACUUCCUAGAACUGGCAAGGUCAACUGACAAUUUCAAUGGAGCACAGCUCAAAGCUGUCUGCAUAGAAGCAGGAAUGGUUGCACUCCGCCGUGGAGCCACUGAAAUUGAACAUGAAGACUUUGUAGAAGGAAUCACAAUGGUACAAGCCAAGAAGAAGAAUGCACUCAACUAUCUAGCUUAA